AUGCCGCGCACCCCCAUCGCCCCCAUCGCCGCCGUCUCCCCCGUCGCCCUCAGCGCUCGCACCCCCAUCACCCCCGUCGUCCCUGGCGCCGCCGCCCCCUCAUCCUCGUCGGACCGCCAUCGCCGCUGCCACCACCUCCCCAUCAUCAUCCCCAGCGCUGCCUCCUCCACCGUCGCACCGGCCGUCACCCUCCUCCACCAACGCCGCACCCAGCCUUCUCCACCGCCGCCGCACUUCCUCCACCGCCGCCGUCCCUCCUCCACCAUACUAGCGUCGCCCUCCUCCAACCGACCGUACCGAUGCCCGCCCAUCCUCCACACCGGUGUCACCCCUCCUCUAUCGGCACCGCACCCUCCACAACCAGCACCGCCCCUUCCACGACCGGCGCCGCGCGGCCACGGGUUCGUUUUUGCUGACGUAACCCCGCGGCCGUGCUGA